AUGGCGGACCAGUUGAGAUAUGACGGCCAAGUUGUUGUCGUCACCGGCGCUGGCGGUGGCCUCGGAAAGGCAUACGCUACUUUCUUCGGCUCCCGUGGUGCCAGCGUCGUCGUGAACGAUCUUGGCGUUACUUCCAAGGGCGAGGGCAACUCAUCAAAGGCCGCCGAUGUUGUCGUCAACGAGAUCAAGGCCGCUGGCGGCAAGGCUGUUGCCAACUACGAUUCAGUAGAGAACGGCGAGCGCAUCAUCGAGACCGCCAUCAGCGCCUUCGGCCGAAUCGAUAUCCUCAUCAACAACGCCGGUAUCCUACGCGAUAUCAGCUUCAAGAACAUGAAGGAUGAGGAUUGGGAUCUGAUUUACAAGGUACACAUCAAGGGCUCAUACAAGUGCGCCCGCGCUGCUUGGCCUCAUUUCCGCAAGCAAAAAUACGGCCGUGUUAUCAACACCGCCUCGGCUGCUGGCCUCUUUGGCAACUUCGGCCAGACCAACUAUUCCGCAGCCAAGCUCGCCAUGGUCGGUUUCACAGAGACUCUUGCCAAGGAGGGUAUCAAGUAUGGCAUUCUCGCUAAUGUCAUUGCCCCUGUUGCUGCUAGCCGAAUGACCGAGACCAUCAUGCCUCCUGAUGUGCUCGCCAACCUGAAGCCUGAAUGGGUUGUGCCUCUCGUUGCCGUUUUGGUCCACAAGAACAACACAGAGGAGACUGGCGGUAUCUUUGAGGUUGGCGGCGGCCACGUGGCCAAGCUCCGAUGGGAGCGAUCCAGCGGUCUCCUCCUCAAGGCUGACGACUCAUAUACCCCCGGUGCCAUUAUUAAGAACUGGAACAAGGUUGUCGACUACUCCAACCCUCAGUACCCUACGGGGCCCAACGAUUUCCUCACAUUGCUUGAGGAGUCUAUGAUGAUGGGACCUUCAGAGCAGGGCGAGAAGCUCGACUUCACUGGCCGUGUCGCUCUCGUCACUGGCGGUGGUGCUGGUAUUGGCCGUGUCUACGCUCUGGCCUUUGCCAAGCACGGUGCUUCAGUUGUGGUCAACGAUCUCGCUGACCCCGAGCCUGUGGUUGCUGAGAUCAAGAAGCUCGGUGGCAAGGCUGUUGGUGUCAAGGCCUCGGCUGAGGAUGGUGAGAAGGUUGUCAAGGCUGCUAUUGACGCAUUUGGCCGUAUUGAUAUCGUCAUCAACAAUGCCGGCAUCCUCCGCGACAAGGCUUUCUCCAACAUGAACGACGAGCUCUGGGACCCUGUCCUGAACGUGCAUCUCCGAGGUACCUAUAAGGUCACCAAGGCUGCUUGGCCUUACUUCCUCAAGCAGAAGUACGGACGUGUCCUGAACACUACUUCAACCAGUGGUAUCUAUGGUAAUUUUGGCCAGGCCAACUACGCUGCUGCCAAAUGUGGUAUCCUUGGUUUCUCUCGAGCUCUUGCUCUUGAGGGUCAGAAGUACGGCAUCUAUGUUAACACUAUUGCCCCCAACGCCGGUACUGCUAUGACUGCCACCAUCAUGCCCGAGGAGAUGGUCCAGGCUUUUAAGCCUGACUACAUUGCUCCUCUUGUCCUCGCUCUCUGCAGUGACAAGUGCCCCAACCCUACUGGUGGUUUGUACGAGGUUGGCAGCGGCUGGUGCGGUCAGACUCGAUGGCAACGAACCGGUGGACAUGGCUUCCCCGUUGAUGUGACCCUCACCCCUGAGGAGGUCCUCAAGAACUGGAAGGAUAUCGUCACCUUUGACGGCCGUGCCGACCACCCCUCCAAGUCCCAGGACUCUAUCGGUAAGAUCAUGGCCAACUUGGAGAACCGAUCUAAGCCUAAGGAGUCAUCUGGCGAGACCAACUACCUCAAGGUUAUCGAGGAGACUCUCAAGAAGGAGGGCAAGCCUACCGAGUACAAGUACGAGGAGCGCGAUGUCAUUCUCUACAACCUUGGUGUUGGUGCCAAGCGCGCUGAUCUCAAGUACGUCUUCGAGGGCUCAGAUGACUUCCAGGUCAUUCCUACCUUUGGUGUCAUUCCUCCCUUCAACGCGGAGAUGCCAUUCGAGUUUGACAACAUUGUGCCCAACUUCUCUCCUAUGAUGCUUCUUCACGGUGAGCAAUAUCUUGAGAUCCGCAAGUUCCCCAUCCCCACCAAUGCUCGUCUUGUUACCCGAGGUCGUCUCCUUGAGGUCAUCGACAAGGGUAAUGCCUCUAUCGCCCGAACCUCCACCACUACCGUCGACGCCAACACUGGCGAGGACGUCUUCUACAAUGAGGCCAGCGUCUUCCUCCGUGGUGCCGGUGGUUUCGGUGGUCCCAAGCGCGGUGCUGACCGUGGUGCUUCCACUGCUGCCAACAAGCCCCCUGCUCGUGCCCCUGAUGUUGUCGUUGAGUCACCUACCCACGAUGACCAGGCUGCCAUCUACCGUUUGAGUGGUGAUUACAACCCUCUCCACAUCGACCCUGCUUUUGCCAAGGUUGGUGGCUUCAAGGCCCCUAUUCUCCACGGUCUCUGCUCCUUCGGCAUCGCUGGAAAGGCCGUCUACGAGCGCUUCGGUGCCUUCAAGAACAUCAAGGUCCGCUUUGCUGGUGUUGUAAUUCCUGGUCAGACCCUUGUCACAGAGAUGUGGCGAGAAGGCAACAAGAUCAUCUUCCAGACCAAGGUUAAGGAGACUGGCAAGCCUGCCAUCGCCGGAGCGGCUGCUGAGCUCAGAACCGACGGCAAGAGCAAGCUCUAA